GCUCCAGUUAUCGCAGCGCCACUGGCAGCCCCUGCCCUCGCCACCCCUCUGGCCGCACCUGCCCUCGCCGCCCCAGUCAUCGCCGCCCCCGCCUUAGCCGCCCCUCUUGCAGCCCCAGCUCCAGUUGUACUUCCGGCUCCACCCCCACCCCAGGACUGGUUCACGGCGGAGUUGGGCGCCCCACUGACGCUGACCACCGUGCACCGCCAGCGGCUCAUCCCGAUCCCGCACCCCGUGCCCGUCACCGUGCUUAACCGCGUCCCCGUCGAGGUACGCGUCCCCGUGCCCGUGCCCGUCGACCGCCCGGUCGAAGUCCCGAUCCACAAGCCGUACACUGUCUACCGCGACGUUCCCGUCCCCGUGCCCGUCGAGAAGCCGGUGCCUGUCGAGGUUCGCGUGCCUGAGCAGGUUCCCGUCAACGUUCCCGUGCCGGUGGAGGUGCCUCAGCCUUACGAAGUGCCCGUUGAAGUGAGUCGGCAGGCCCCCGUCGCCGUGCCCGCCCCCGUGGCACUCGCUGCUCCUGCCCCUGUUCAGGUCGAGGCGUCGGCCCCAGCUCCCGGCCCCUGCGGCACUUGUGACUUUACCCCCAUCCAAGCUCCAGCACCAGCCCCAGUCCAUUACGAGGCCUCCGCCCCCGCCCCCGUUCAGUACGGGGCAUCCGCUCCCUCCCAGUACGAGGGCGCCGCCUACGCUCCUGCCCCUGCCCCCAUCCCUGCCCCCGUGCACUACGAGGCCUCCGCCCCUGCCCCCGUGCAGCACUACGGGGCCCCGCUCACCGCCCUCCGGGAAAUUCCCGCUCCUCAGUUAGUGCCACAGCCAGCCGGGUACCUCGAGACCCACGAAGAGGAACGGUACGACGAGCAGGUCCAUCAUUAACACCCGUCGUGUUUCGUUCACGAGGCAAGCUGCCGAGUUAUUUUAUUUUGUUAUUACCCCUCCAAGCUCUCAUUGUUGACUAGUGUUUAAGAAAACCAAAUGUUUAUUGUUGUUUUGUUGCCAACAAGAGUCUGUGAUCAAUAAAGGCAUCUAGUCAAGCCGA